CAAAUAGGCUUUACCCAUUUUUACAUCAAAUAUUUUUUUUAUUCCAUUUCAUUCAUCUUAUUAUUUUUCAUUGUUUCAUUCAUUUUGAGAAAUUGGUGAUUUUUUUAUCAAGUUAUCCUGAUGCCUCCUACCAUGAAUGACUCAGGUGAUAAUAUUGCUUUGGAGGAGCAAACCAUUGAAAGUGAACCAGAGAGUAAAGUUUCCUUUGCCGGUGCCACACUUCAUUUAAAUAGUCAUCAGGAUGCAAUUCCUAUCAUCACCGCUAUUCAGGAUUGCCCUAAUCUUAAAUGUUUCAAUUUGGAAGGAAACACUCUGGGUGUCGAAGCUGCGGAAGCUAUUUCUGAUGCUUUAGCAUCUAAGCAUAGCCUUACUCAUGCCAUAUUGAAGGAUAUUUUUACCGGCCGAUUGAAAGACGAGGUACCACCAGCAGUUAGAUCAUUGAUGAAAGGUAUUCUCUCUUCUUCUGCUCGUUUGGUUGAAUUAGACCUCAGUGACAAUGCGUUUGGACCUAUUGGUAUGGAAGCCUUGGCUCCUUUUUUGGAAAGUGAUUCAUGCGAAGAUUUGAAAAUACUGCGUCUCAACAAUAAUGGUUUAGGAAUUGGAGGAGGUAAAAUAUUAGGACGAGCAUUAAACAAUUUAAAAAAUUUGGAAGUCUUUGUUUGUGGUCGCAAUCGUUUAGAGAACCCAGGAGCCAAAGAAAUAGGUGCCUCGUUGUCCAAUUUGGACAACUUACGACACAUAGAAAUGCCUCAAAAUGGUAUAAACUUAGCUGGAAUCGAAGCUUUAUCAGAAGCUAUCAAGGAGAAAAUUCAAAUACUAAAUUUAAGUGAUAACACAAUGACCACUGAAGGGGGACGAAUAAUUGGUGAGGCCUUGAGAAAAACUAAACCAAAGCUCCAACAGGUCAACUUCUCAGAUUGUCUGUUGAAGAAAGGAGGAUUUUCAUUUAUUUUGGAAGCCAUGAAUGAUACUGGCAUACUUGAGAAUUUGCAAUGGCUUGAUGUCAGUGGUAAUGAGAUCGGGGGUGAAGAAGUUGUUGAUUUAAUAGUCAACAUAUUUGGCGAUUCCUCAAAAAACUUUACUGGCCUAACGUUAAAUUUGAGUAGCAAUGUUUUUGGUGAAGACAAUUGCUCAUACAUUCUUGAUGAGUUGAAUGAUAAAGUCACUGUUAUUUUAGAGGAAGAUGAAGGUGACCAAGAAGAAUACGAGUACCCUGAUGAUUACCUGGAGGACUCAACGGAUACAGGAGGACCGCGGGUAGAUGGAUCAGAGGAAAUUCGGGAGUUGGUGGAAGAUGAAGCAACUACUUUAGAUGAAUUGUGCUCAGCUUUUGUGAAAAUUACUACUGAAGGAUUUAACGAAUCAACUUCUAGUUUACCAGAAAAUGUUUUAAAAGAUUCUGAUUUGCUAAUCAAAAGAUUAAUUGAAAAAGGACCUUCUUAUGAAUCAGCUCAAGCAUUAUUAUCGCACUUGGGUUUGAUCAAGAGUGAAGAAGGAUACCACAAAAAAACCCGAGACUUAAGAGGUCCAUUUAUUGCGUUAACUAAUUGUCGUGGUCAUUUGAAAAAAGUCCAAGUCGAUGCUUUACAAUUUUCUCUUGGACGAAUUCCUACUGCUACAGAUACAACAGGGAAACUUAAACACAAACUAAUGCAAGCUUUGUUCACCCCUUUGGUUGAAACACUUCUAGUUCAAGUUAGAUUUAAUAUGAAAUCUAGAUUAUUGCAAAUACGGACCUGUCCAGAGACUAAGACUAAAGAUGCUAUCCAAAAGGCUGCUGAUUUUGUCCAAGCCUUUGCCCUUGGACAAAACAAAUCUUCUCGUUUUGUCAGUUUUCAUCUAGAUCUAUCUUCCGUCAAGAUCAAAAUGACUUUGUUUGUAUCCUUUUUUCUAGUUACCUUUCCAAUCAUUUCAAAUGGACUUAAGUUGUCCCAUGAAAUUAAACAAUCAAAUAUUUACUGUGGUGUUCGUGCUACCGACAAUGAAUUGAUUGGCCGUGUCGUCGGUGGUCGUGAUGCUGUUCCAGGAGAAGUUCCUUUUUUCGCAUCAAUAGAAGAAAGCAAAUUUUUCAAUAUAUUUAAAUAUAAAAAGUGUGGUGGUGUUUUGAUUUCAAAUCGAUGGGUCUUGACUGCAGCCCAUUGCACACUCAGUUGGUUUGCAACCUUACGAGCUAUUUUAGGUGACAAAUUGAACAACAAAACAAUUGAAGUGGAAAAAAUUUACGUCCAUCCAGAUUUUAAGCGUGAAACAUUGGCAAACGAUAUCGCCCUUUUAUUAUUGAAAGAACCAGUUCAGUUUAAUAGGAAUAUUCAACCAAUCUGUUUACCAGAGCCUGGCGAAGAUGAAACUUUUUAUGGUCGCCAUGGAACAGUUGCUGGUUGGGGAAAACUAGAUCCACAAAAGAGAGAAUUACCAAGAAAUAUGCAAAUAACCACUUUGCCGAUCAUCAGAUAUGAUUCUUGUCGCAAAUCUUAUGCAAAAGCUGGACACAACGAAACAAAGAUCAAUGAUUCGGUUUUGUGUGCUGGUUACCCAGAAGGCAAAAAAGAUGCCUGUUUUGGUGAUUCUGGUGGUCCGUUGAUGGUCAAAGUUUCAAACCAUUGGGUGCUUGCUGGGAUCGUAUCAAAUGGCAUAAGCUGUGCGAAGCCUGAUCUACCCGGAAUAUACACCAGAGUGGCAUUUUUCUUAAACUGGAUUAAAGGAAUAAUUCACUGAUCUGUACUUAUAGACCU